AUGUUUAGAAAAGAGUCACUGCAAGGGUAUCCAGCCCGGCUCCUCGAUGCAAACGGCUUGCCAACCAUACACACGACUACGUUCUUCGCGAAUGGUGAGUUACAGUUGAAAUUGUCGGAAGAUAAAAAAAGGGGUUUGCAGGACAUCGGCUGAACUGCGAAGUGCCAAAAGUUCUGUUCGAUCAACGGCCACCCGGAUUCCCUGAUUUUUUGAGGGACGUGGAGUCAAAAACUGGAACCAGAAUCACAUUCCUAGGAAACCAAUCGCGGUACUCUUCUACCAUUCAAUUCGCAGGAUCGGCGGUAUUCAAACAAGAUAAACUUCAAACAAUAGAAUCAUUUUUCAGAAAGCACUACCCGCAGCGCUAGAAAUGGUCGAAGAAAUCUUCAAGAUAAUAAAGGAUGAUAUGUGUCCAGAGCCUGCUGAAGAUAGCAGCGGUGAUUCGAGAGACGCCGAAGAGAUGGAAGAUGAAUCAAUUGAAUCGACCACUGAAGAAAAAGAAUCAGAUUCCUCUACCGAACUAGCAUCGGAAAUUGAAACUCCAGUUGUUGAGCUGUUGCCGCCUGUUCGAACUAGUCUCCCCACUACUGCGGACUGCCUGGCUGCUUUGGACCGGUGCACUCCGAGAACCUCUCAACAGCCGAAUGUUGCUGUUGAAGGUUCCAGUUCUUCGAGUAACGUCGUGGCUACGCCGCUUGCUCCAUUCGACUUCAACGAUCCUGCAAACUCCACUUUUUUGGCACAAAUGUUCGGCUUGGGGCUUCGACAAAUGGCCACUUAUUCUGCGAUCAUCAACGGACAAGCUCCCCCAUCUGUCGAAUCCGCUGCUAUACCGGAUCUGGAAGCUUUUAGAACUCCAGAGGGCAAUGCCAGUUUGGUACAUCUCAUCUCAAUCGGAAUUGCAACAAUCCAGGAACUGUUCGCUCAGUAUGAACCGCCGAGAACGGUUCCGGUUACCAAUGCCACUGGCAGUGCAACCCUUCCUUCUUUUCAUCCUGCCAAAUUUCAAAGUGAGUUCUUCAGCUGACUGCAUCCUUCGAUACCAUUUAUUUUGUUUUUUCAGACCGCCCGUUCCCAUCUCAUCAUCCACGUGCUGACUUGCCAUUGGCCUUGAAGCGCAACUUUCUCACACGUGGAUAUCCGGCAAACAGCGAGGAAGAGCCUUUUCCUGUACUCUAUGCACGUGGUGUGCAGCUCUUCGGUAGAAUGGCUACUUACCGUGCGGAGCUUGAGCCGAAGAGGGAUGUGAAGCAACUCUUCCGAGCCCUCGAUUUGUACAAGUUGAAGGAGGAGGAAAUGAUUGAGCAAAUUGUGCAUGGUGUUCACUCGUACACGCACAACUCCACGGAGCUACUAAAGAAGAUAGUCACCGAGACGGAAGUGUUCAUGGCGGAUGUUGAAGCUCGUUUUGUGGUUCUGCGAACGACGAGCAACAUGCUGCGAAAUUCAACAACGGAAGUGAUUCAGCUAGCCUGGGAAGAAUACGACUUGAUGUUCACAGAGUUUCUUCGCACCGAGUCCAAGUUUCACAAAACAAUGGUUGAUUUGAUCGCUGUCAUCGAUAUUGACGUCGUUAUGCCAGUGGAUGUGAAGAACGCGAACCCGAACGAAAGUGUCCAGAGCGUUCUGAAACGUCAAUUAAAGAUCAAGAGAAGCGACCGUGCUCCUUAUCGCAGAAGAAAGACUAAGAACCAUGAGAAAUCUCCAUUUGAGUAACGCAUCGAAUUCCACUUGUUAUCUUUUGGCUUGAUUUGAUCUCUUCUUCCGGUUUAGUUUUCUUUUUCCUACCGUACUUUUAUCAUUGUCAACCCUUCGUGGUUGUGAAUUGUAUUUGAGAAGCCCGAAGUGCUCUAUUUACAUUUGGCCGUCUCCAUGAUCAAGUAGCCAAUAAAUCUGACUAAUAUUUUGAUUCCUCCGUUUUAUAAAACAUGUACCGUGCUGUCCGCUUUACGAAGUGAUUCACAUUAUAGAAAAUUGCAAAACAUCUUCAGUCAGCCAGCAAGCGGAGCUACCAGUCACUUCAGUCGUGCAGCGAUGUUUCAUCCUGUCCCUUCUCUCGUCUUUCUCACUAUUCUUGCCUUUCAUGGAAUUUCUGCAUUUGUUCUCAACAAUCGGACGGGAAACGCAAAUGAAACGAUGGUCCGCUAUGAGAGAGCACCGGAAACAGUCAAGCUAACGUACGAGCUCGCCCCAUAUCACUCGGAUUUUUAUGGAAAAACGGUGAGUAAGUUUUGUGAAAAGUAUCUAGCCAGCUUUUGAGAAUAGAACAUGUUUCUUCAAAUGUUUUAAAGAUAUUUGACAAAAAAUCUGUUGCGAACCAGACUUUUUUGACUUUUUCGCUACGAAAUCAUUUUAGUUGGCGUUAUUUUGAACAAAUUGCCUGAGAUUUGUAUUGUUCUUUUUUUGAGAAACAAACUCUGUCAUGAGAUCAUUCGAUUAGAAUAGUAUCCAAAAAACAUUUAUUAGAACUGCAAUGAAAGGGACCAUAUAUUAUUUUAUCGAUGUUCUAGUAGAGAGGUCUCGGCCCGCUGCUCGGUCGGCUAGGCAGGGCACGAACUUAGUCUAAAACUUUUUGAUAUGUACUACAAAUAAUCUAUAAAAGUGGCGAAGCAAUACAUAUGAUUCAUAGGAUCCAAUUGGAAUAUUCUUUUUCGCAAAGAAAUUCCUCAACUUAUAAACUCUUUCUUCCAGGUUGCACCAGUCACACCACGACCACACGUCCUCCCACCGCCGCACGACGAGAAACAAUGCAGCUCCAACCUGUGUGUAUUCGACUGGGCCCCAGAAUGUAAGUGAUCCACAACUUUGGUCGAAACGUUUAGAAUCUUUCAGCAAUUGGACCGUUCAUAGUCGCUGGCAUGUUCAUGGUCUUCGCUGUCUUCGCCUUCCUCACCCUCUGCUGCUGCUUUUUCCGCAUAUUCUUCUAA